AUGGAUAAAGGUCAAUUGAAAUCUGUAGUGUUUCUUGAUUUAGCCAAGGCAUUUGAUACGGUGGAUCAUGAGAUUUUGUUGAGUAAACUUCAGAUUUAUGGAGUUGAUUCAAUGAGUCUCAAUUGGUUUAAAUCGUAUCUAUUUGACCGAAAACAAAAAUGUAAUGUAAACGGUCUAGUGUCAAGUGAGCGCUCGUUGCUAUGUGGGGUACCUCAAGGAUCUAUUCUUAGUCCUUUGCUAUUUCUUGUUCACAUUAAUGACCUUCCUUCUUGUCUGCAACAUUCUACAGCACGAAUGUAUGUGGAUGAUACAAAUAUAACUACAACUAGAAAGUCGAUAAAGGAAAUAGCAUCUGGAGUCAACGCAGAUCUUGAAAAUAUUCGCAUAUGGCUCAAAGUAAAUAAACUUUCCCUGAAUGUUACUAAAACGGAGUAUAUGUUCAUUGCGUCUGAUAGUAAUCUUGAAAAACUGCGGGACAUACCAUAUUUAGUUUUGGGUGGAAAACCCAUAAGCAGAGUUAAAGUGUCAAAAUCACUAGGGAUAUUUAUUGACGAAAGAUUGUCAUGGAGAGAUCAUAUUGAUAACAUCUCUAAGACCAUAUGCUCCGGAAUUUCCGGUCUUCGUCAAAGUGAGAGAGUUUGUUACCCUUUCAACAUUACUUACAAUAUAUAGUUCACUAAUUCAACUAAUAUUUGACUAUUGUGAUGUUGUUUUGGAUAACAUGUCAAUCACAUUUUGCUCAACGAAUCCAAAAACGGCAAAAUCGUGCAGCUAGAGUUAUCACUUGUCAGGGUCAUAAAGUAAGAUCUAAUGAUAUUAGAAGUCAAUUGAAAUGGAAAGCACUUUUCGAAAUAAGAAAUAGUCAUAAACUCAUAAUGAUGUAUAAAAUAUUAAAUAAUAUGCCUCCUGUCUACUUACGUGACCAUUUUAAAAUGUCUUUUACAGACCAAGCAUAUUCUCUUAGAAAUAGAAAACUAUGUCUAAUUUUGCCAAGAGCACAAACAAAAUUCCUAUAGAAAAGUUUUGCCUUUUCUGGAGCAAAAGUUUGGAACGAACUACCAGAAGAAGUAAAAUGUAGCAAUAGUUUACAAAUCUUCAAAACAUGUAUCUCAUCUCAUGCCUAAAAUCGUAUAUAGCUAUUUUUAAUAUAAUGUCGGCCCUCUUGUAAAGCAGUGGUAUCACUGAAGAGUUCACCGAGUCUGUCUGUCUGUCUGUCUGUCUGUCUGUCUGUCUGUCUGUCUGUCUGUCUGUCUGUCUGUCUGUCUGUCUGUCUGUCUGUCUGUCUGUCUGGCUGUCUGUCUGUCUGUCUGGCUGUCUGUCUGUCUGUCUGUCUGUCUGUCUGUCUGUCUGUCUGUCUGUCUGUUUGUUUGUUUGUUUGUUUGUUUGUUUGUUUGUUUGUUUGUUUGUUUGUUUGUUUGUUUGUUUGUUUGUUUGUUUGUUUGUUUGUUUGUUUGUUUGUUUGUUUGUUUGCUUGUUUGUUAUCGGUACUUAUAGAUUUUCGCAAUUCCACGUUUAGACCCUUUCACAUGUUCUUUUUCUGUGAACCUCGUUUUACAAUAUUUGUCGUUUUAGCUUUAUGUCCGUCCUUACCACAACUAUCCGACGGUUAUAAAUGGGGUAGAAGUCGGACACAUGGUUCUUCAGUUCAAUUUCGUUGCUCCCAUGGUCAUAAACUAGUUGGUUCAUCUCGAGUGAUGUGCAAUGAUGGUAGAUGGUCAGACGAAAUGCCUAAAUGCCUAGGUACGUUGUCCGUUUCCACCAGAAUACUGCAAGCAUAAGGCCGAGGCCAAACGAGGGCGAGAGUUGAAUGAGAAUGAGAGAUUGCGUGAAAAUUUUCUCAAUUCCUGUUCCUUGGUCAAACAAAACAAGAGUUUCAUGAGGAUUGAUUGAAUGUUACCGUGCGACCCGUCAAACGGGAAAAAGCUCUCAUCAACUGUUAUUGAAAUUUGAGCUAACUCAAAUAUGUAUCUGUAUAUGUAUGUGUGUAUAUAUGUAUGUUUUGUAACUAAGUUUUGUAACGUAUGGUAAAGAGAGCAGGGAGAAAAUUUUUGUAUUAUCGCAUACAAUAAGUUCGAUAGGAUGUGACUAUAACCCAAAUAAUAACAAUGCCUUGGGUAAGAGAGGAAAGAUGAAUGGCAACAAUGAAUUAGAAGCUUAUUAGCAAAUACUGACGAAAAACGACGGCGUUACUGAUGAAAAAAUGCACAAUAUAUGUCCACGUCUCUGUAACUUAUCCUUACAUUUUUACUUAAUUCCCGACAAAACAAUUCUUUUCUAAUUUCGUUUAAAAAUUGACCAACUAUUUUGAUAAAAUAUUUUCCAUUUUGACCAAAUUUUAAAAAUUAUUGGUGGUGUCACACCCCCACCCCCCUCCCGACACACCUCCCUAGUAUCGACGUCCCUGCCUUUACUUUGACUAGAGUUAUAACAUGUGAUAAUUGUAGAUUUUGGAUUAUUUACAUGGAUAUAUUUUGAUAAAAAUGUUUUUAAUUUUAUAGCGAUAUGCAAUCUAAUUCAAAGCAUUAGCAUUGGAUGGGUUUACGGAAGGGGUAAUUUAGAAGGAGAUAAGCUGAGUUUUCGUUGCAGAACUGAUUAUAUUGUGGAUGGCGAGCAGUUUAUUAAAUGCACUGGAAAUAGGCGAUGGAAUGCAACGAAACCGACGUGUAGAGGUUGGUAGAAGACCGAUAUAUGAUGGGGGAAGGAGACAUUUUUGGCAAGUGGUAGUAAUAAUUGGGAUUUUUGCAGCAACAUUUUUUGGGGAUCGAUAUCACUUCUUUUUGCUUUGCCUUGUAAUUGGGCCUGAUUCAUGAUGACCCAACUCCAACCCUACACCUAAUCCAUAAGGCCUAAGAGAGUUAAAACUAGUUGGGAAAAUUAAAAAACAUUUUUUAAGUAAAUCCACUGAGGCAAAUAUGAAAUCAACAAGCCGAAGCGGGGCUUCAACUAGACACCUCCAACGUGGUAGACGCAUGCGUCUUGCCUUAUGAACUACUGUAAAGCUCGCUGAAAACCAUCGUAAAAUUCAUUUUAUAUUACUGAUAUGAAGGGUAUGUUCAACAGGUCAGGUAACAAGGCAGAUCCCAAAAUAAGUGUAUAAGCAUUCCAGCAUGCAUAUAUUUCUCUCAUAUGGCUAUUUAUGAAACGCGCAUUUUUUUCAUUCAUUGUAUGCUGAACAUAGUUGCCAUGUUACACUCUCCUACGCAAAGGUUUGAUGUCACUUUAUUUAUACCCGGAAAAUGUACGGCAUUCAGGUCGUUGCUGAACGCACGCGUGGAAGAAAGGGAACUUUAUUCACCAUUUACCUGGCGCACGCCUAUAAUUAUAACUUACCAGUAUAUAGCCCACAUGUUUAACUAUAACGCCUCUGCAAAGGAGAAUUAGGCAUACUAUGUGUAGCAAGCGAGCUAUGCUUGUGCUGCUAAACUUGGAGCGACAGAAAUUUGGCAAAGUCUGUUGCAUCAUGGGGUGUUCCAGUGGUGUUGGUGUUAUACACCGUUGCGGUCAUGUUUCACACUUAAAAUUUACCUCACAUUUUUAAUAAUAAUGCAUUUUAGAUUAUAUUUACUGUAUGUACAUUUAUUAUUUUAAAAUAAUGUCUAAUCGCUUGGCCCGGUUACCCUUUUGUAGUUUUGUCUAUAUCCCUUUUCUAUGCCGGUUGAAUUACUGCCGCUCUUGUAUCGCUCGAAGGCAAUAAUGCAUAAGUUCUGCAUACCUGUAUGAGAGGAGUGGCGUUUGUAACGAGCUAGAAGGAAAUAUCUUCAUGGGGAAGUCUUGCACAUUUUCCUGCUUGUAUGGAUGGUUGAUUGGCAAACAUUUAUAUCUUUACUUGACUGUAAUAAAUGUGGUACAACGGAACCCCGCCUUAUGGCCACCCUGUAAAUACGGUCACCUUUUUAUUACGGCCACUUUCUUUUGUCCCCGAAAAAAGCCAAAAUAAUACACUUUCUUAUAAAGAUACCCCAUUAAUACGGUCAAUUUUAUUUCGACCCGCGUUCUUGACUGUUUUUCGGCCCAUUUGUUGACUGGGGUAUGACUUUAAAAGUUAUAUUACCCAACCUUUCAAUUAUUUUAGCCGUUUAGUCAGAAAUGAUUACCCAACAAAUUUAUGAAUGGUUUCUUUUUUUGUCCGUAGCACCAUGUAGAAAGCUCGGCGCACCAGCUCGUUCGAGAAUCACACAAGGAGGUUUUAGACAUAACGAAAAUAUCAAAUUUGAAUGUGAUCCAGACUAUUACCUGCACGGAAGGAACAUCUUGACCUGUUCAGAUGGGACAUGGAAUGAUGCUCCUCCGACCUGUUUAGGUAAGUAUAUAAAGCACAACCAGAAAUUGAUUCAUGAUUUUUAUCUAUGGAGUCAUAACCAGAGUGGCCACUUUAUACCCUGCCCCCUUCCUGCACUUCCCAGGCAACAUUUUUGCCAUUCAUACCCCGUUUGAGGAAAUAUAGAAUUACAGAAACUAUAUCUGUUAAGGAUUGUUUACACUAUCGUUAAGUUUCUGUGAUCACAGUAGGAAUUUUGUAGAAGGAUUCGUAAGAAAUGUUUGAAGGAAUUGAUUCAAUGUUAGUAUACACUGAAUCAAUUUCUUAGAAAUUAAACAUUUCUUACAAAACUUUCGAAAAUGUAGAAAUACGUAGACAAAUAUUUUAAUAAAUCCUUCAAAACAUGGACGCAAUUCUUUAUGCUUUCAUUUAUUAUUUUGUAAUGUAAAUUUACGUCUUGCUACGUUUUAACUGUUUUGGUUUGUAGUAAUUGUAUUCUGUCAAAAUUCUUAAAAAUAGAGCCCCUCCCCCCCAAAAAUGUACAUAGUUCAGACUAUAGCAAAGGUCCUUUGAGAGGGAAAGCUUGGUUAAAUAACUCAUAAUCAAAUACCCUGGAAGUGAAAUUGGUUUCGGCGAACAAGCAAACUAUGCAGAAACAAAUAAAAGUACUUUGGGCUCCCUUAUUUAUCCCUCCCACUUCCACUUCCCGCUCUACUAGAAAAUCCAGUUGUGCCUAUUGUAACCCUAAACGUAAUUUCUAAUAUCUUAUUUCCCCAUAUGUUUUCAUGUCAAACAAAAUUCAGUUCUGGAUUGAGAAUUUUUUUAAGGAACGAUAAAAAAAUGUAUUCCUUUACGUCAUCUGACUAUCUGAUCUCUCUGAACUAAACGUCUUUCAAAACAAUACAAUUAAUUUUGUGUACUUCUUAAACGCUUCAUCAACACUAUGAGUGUUUUAGCGCUAUUCUGCAGGAGAGCAGUGCUUUUUCUUGAUGUCAUUGGUAUUUUAAUCAAUAUGAUAUAACUCAAUGUACUCAAUGUAUGUCCAUUAAUUCUCUUUCCCAAUUAAAAUAUUGGCAGAUUUGAAUUAUUGAGAUCAUUACCUCCACAAAUGUUAAAAAAUUGUGCCUUGGCGGAACUACAACUUCGUGUGGGAAAAAUUUGCUCGUCUGUUACAGAAGCAAACUCGGAAGACAUUUGUUUGGUCUUAGUUUUUAUCAAAUCCGCGUACUAACAAUAUGAAAAAUAGUUUCAUGCAUGACGGAGCAUACCUUUGGAAUUCUAUUCCAAAGGAAAUUAUGGAAAGCAAAACUCUUUCUUCCUUUAGAAAUAAAAUCGCUGCUUACAUCAUUGGCAUAGAGUAAUAAAUAAAUUGAUGUGCCUGUAAAUAUUCUAAUAACGUUCGUAUCAUGUAAAUAAUUCAGUAUUUUGCAAAAUUUUCUGUAAAUAUCUCUUAAUAUCUUUUCUAUGGAAUUUUUUGCUAUUUUUACACACGCCCCUCAUGGAAAUCAGCUUCGGUUGACGGGGUUAGCGUGCAUAAAUAAAGUAGUAUAAAGUGUCUAUCUAUCUAUCUUAUCUAUCUAUUUAUCUAUUUAUCAAACAUUAUACAUGUAUAUAUGUCUUAAUCUUCAGCUCCUUGCAGACGGUUUAGUGUGCAACCAUUCCGUUGUGGUUAUAUAAGGCGAGAUGGUUACAGACAUAAUGAGGAAGUUACAUUUGGAUGUAGAAGUCCUUUGGUUAUUGAUGGUCAGGUUACCUUACGUUGCAAUGAUGGAACAUGGAAUAACAGACUACCUACUUGUGGAGCUAGGAGGUUUGUGUAUAUUUUUCUAAAGGUUAGGGCCGAGCGUUGGUCGUCUAAAACAACGUGA